AUGGCCCCGCUCGGGAGAACGCUGAGGAAGCAGAACGUGGUGGCGACCCGUAAGAUUAGGUUUCCAGGGCUUGUACGUUGGUUGACUUUUAAAAUCACCUUUCAGAAUGAUGAAAUCGAAGCAUUGUCAGCCAUUUAUGAGAACGAGUGGUGUGUCGUCGAUGCCGCUGCCAGAGUAUUUUGUAUUAGAAUCGACGACGAUAAAGAUCAUCCCAAAUGGACAAUUUGCUUGCAGGUGGUGCUGCCGAAUGAGUACCCAGCCACGGCUCCUCCUAUUUAUCAAUUGAAUGCCCCAUGGCUUAGAGGGCAAGAACGUGUGAAUAUAUCCAACAGCCUUGAAGAAAUAUAUAUAGACAAUAUUGGUGAAAGUAUUCUUUACCUGUGGGUGGAGAAAAUAAGAGAUGUUCUAAUACGAAAAUCUCAGCUGGAAGAACCUGGCCCGGUUGUAGAGAAGAAGACUGAAGAGGAAGACGAUGACUAUGAAGAUGAUCUCUUUUUAGAAUAUGACCCAGAAAAACUAUAUAGAACAUUUGAUUAUGACUUCAGUGAGCAUCAGCCAGAAAUAGAAGAAUUGCCUCCAGUUGAUCAUGGCAUUCCCAUUACAGACCGAAGAAGCACUUUUCAGGCUCACUUGGCUCCGGUAGUUUGUCCUAAGCAGGACUGUGAGGACGACGGGGAGACGGCCGCUGGUGGACGCCUGCUCCAUCUCUUGGAGAAUGGAUUAUUUUGCUCUAAGAUUUUGAAUGUAAGGAAUGUCAUGGUGGUAGUGUCACGCUGGUAUGGAGGGAUUCUGCUAGGACCAGAUCGCUUCAAACACAUCAACAACUGUGCCAGAAACAUACUACUGGAGAAGAACUACAUAAGUUCUCCUGAGGAAUCAUCUAAGGGCUUGGGAAAGAACAAAAAAGCAAAAAAGGACAAGAAGAAGAGUGAAAAUUAAUACUUGAGGCUGCAUGAGGGGUCACUCAGCCUGUAGUUACACACACAUUCGGGGUCAUGGAGGAAUCUUGCAGAGAGCGACUGCACCACUCGGCCCUGCCAUUGUGAACACCAGCACUAGCUUUUCUUCUUUGGUUUUAUCAUCUGCCAAAAGUGGAGAAGUUACGAUAUAUUCAUGUGUGUUGUGGGCUUAUUUGGGAGAACUAAUUUGAACUUAAUCACUCUUUCAUCCAAUUUCAGGAAGGUAGCAGUUGCCCAGGGCAGUACCUGAAUUAACUGUCCAUUUCAGUACGUGUCAAGUGCCUUUGUUAGGUGGGGAAGAAGUGUCUCCUGAGGACGAUAAGGACCUGAUUUCUUGUCAUAGAGAUUCUCAUGUUCUAAAUGAAUAUUGCCUUUUACUGCUCUUUAUGGCUUAUUGGAAUAGGAGCUCAUUGAAGAUUGAUUUUGGAGAGCUUUUUCUUGCAAUUUUAGUUCACAAGUCUGUCCCUUUUCAUUUUAUAGUGUUCAUCAGUGAGUAAUAGAUGAGUGAAAAUCAGGAGUCUCCAUCUGUAGUUGCGUGCUGAGCUGGCAACUCGUCUACCCUCUUUGUUAGCCUGCAUGUCACGCCUUAGUUUCUGUCACAAAUUAGUGGUUAUGAAAUACCAAAAAAAUGACUUUCUCAUCUGUCUUUUUUUAAUUCUUAUAAAAUGGCAAAUACAGAGUAUCAGUGGGCUUCUUCCAGCCCUGAGGUGUGUUCAUGUAAUAUUCUGGUCUCUCGUAACAACCUGGGAGAACCUUUCUUGUGAUUGACAUUGAGGAAUCAGAACACUGGUGGAAGCUGAGCUUUGGUCAGGGAGACAUGGGUGGAGGUACAGAGUGACACCGGCAUUGGACGGAGUUGAUCAGCUGGCUUUCUCAGUUCUAUAAUUUUGAAAAGAAGAAGAGGAGCACAUCUCUUGACUGGAAAAACAAAA